AUGGAAUGGUGUAACCAGAGCACUUCGAUCAAAUAUCUUUUCAAAUACAUUAGCAAAGGCUAUAACAGAAUAACAGCUUCGGUGUCAACAAACGACAACGAACCGGUUGAUGAAAUAAAACAUUACUUAGAUUGCAGAUAUAUCUCACCAUGUGAAGCAUGCUGGAGAAUUAACUCCUUUCACAUUCAUGGUAGAAGACCGGCAGUUGAGUGUAUGUUUUACCACCUGGUAGGCGAAAAGGCUGUUUACUACACUGAUCGCGGUCGCAUGGAAAAUGUUUUGGAGAAUGCAAGUGUUACUGAUUCCAUGUUUACUGGUUGGCUAUCUGCAAACUCAAAGUAUCCUGAGGCACAAUCACUCACUUAUGGUCAAUUUGUAUCUAAAUUGUUUACCACAAAAGAGAAAGGGAGAGGAGGCCCCGCAAAAAGGGAUUCACCAUUGGGAGAUUGA